CGCAGGUCAGCCAAGAGGAACCAUCCAAACCCAUUUCCGAAACCAACCAUAUAUAUAUAUAUAUAUAUAUAUAUAUAUAUAUAUAGAUAGAUACUGUUAGGAGAAGGAGACAUAUUUUGAAGGAUAUGUUCGCGUGCGUUUCGAGGGGCUUUUCCAUUCUUCUGCCCUGCAUGCUGCUGGAACCCGUGUUUUCCAUGCAGAAUCAGAUGUGCGACAUGAUGAAGGAGCUAGACAAGGAGAGGCAUCUGUGCGAGGCUCAAAUUGAGAACAAAACGUCAGGUUGCGGUGGUACAUGGGACAAAAUCACCUGCUGGCCAAAUGCUGAUGUUGGAGAGAUGGUCACCAUCCAGUGCCCCAAAUAUCUCUUCUACUUCUCCAGGGAGAUUCCAACACGUAACCUGUCCAAGACUUGCACUGAAGAUGGCUGGACUCCGAUUAGCAUUGACUCCUACAUAAUGGACUGCGGCUAUAAUCCCAAUAACACCGUGGAUGAUGAUGAUACGGGAGACUUCUUUGGUGCUGUCAAAGUGGGUUACACCAUCGGUCACAGCGUGUCGCUUAUUUCUCUCGCCGUCGCCAUCAUCAUACUGUGCCUCUUCCCGAAACUGCACUGCACAAGAAACUACAUCCACAUGCAUCUCUUUGUGUCGUUCAUCCUCAAAGCCAUCGCUGUCUUUAUCAAGGACGUCGUUCUGUAUGACGUCGAUGAGACGGACACUUGCCAUUCAUCUGUGGGUUGUAAGGCCGUGGUGGUAUUCUUCCAAUAUGGCAUCAUGGCCAGUUACUUCUGGCUGCUGGUAGAAGGCCUGUAUCUCCAUGCGCUCCUCGCUGUCUCCUUCUUCUCAGAGAGGAAGUACUUCUGGUGGUACAUCCUGAUUGGCUGGGUGGCUCCAACCAUCUUUAUCUCAGCAUGGGUGAUAACAAAGGCUUAUUUAAAUGAUCUUGGAUGCUGGGAGAUGAUUAAUGACAAACCUUGGUGGAUCAUCAAAACGCCCAUUCUCGUAACCAUUCUUGUCAACUUUUUUCUCUUCAUCUGUAUAAUCCGGAUUUUACGCCAGAAGAUGAAUUGUCCCGACAUUGGAAGAAAGGAAUCAAAUCAGUACUCGAGACUGGCUAAAUCCACGCUGCUCUUGAUACCUCUCUUUGGGAUCAACUACAUCAUCUUUGCCUUCAUCCCGGACCACAUCCACCGACAGCUGAGGAUGGUUUUUGACCUUAUCCUCGGGUCAUUUCAGGGUUUUGCCGUUGCUGUCUUGUACUGUUUCCUUAAUGGAGAGGUACAGGCGGAGAUUAAGCGUAAAUGGCGCAGAUGGAUGUUACAGCGCUUCCUGGGCACAGACGCAAAGUACCAGCAGCCCUCCAUUGGCAGUAAUGGGAACAACUUUAGCACCCAGAUCACCAUGUUAACCAAAUGCAGCCCCACGGCCCGGCGAGCGUCUGCUUGUCAGGAGCACUUCUCAGCCAUCUGACAACUCGGCUCUGCACAUACUGAGUGGGUGACAUAUUUAAGCGAUGCAGUUAGAUGCGGGUGUCCCCGAAGGUCUGUACGACCUUUUAGUUUGACGUAGUUCCUUCGACUGUGCAGUGCUGAACUUAGUUUUUUUUUCUGUCCAAGUGACGCGCAGCCACAAUGGAAGUCAGGAGGAACCUUCAUUGAUGCGAGGCUGACAGCUCUGACAGGAACAUGUUUAAUAUCGCACUGAAAUACAACCCAAGAGAUAUUUCAAAAGCAUUGUAAAUUGCAAUUAAAUAAUGGGUGGAUGGAGAGCGGGAUGCGUAGAGUCCUAUAAAAAAAAAAGGAGCAUGUUUACUUCUCGACCACCUGGGCUAUGUGGCGCAUGCACUUAACCUAAUAGCCCAUGUUGUUUUGUUUAUUAAAAAACCUAUAGCAUUCCCAACGUACUGGACCUGCUUAUCCAGCUCGAGGCAUUUUUUUUCUUAAUGAGACCUUAUUGCUGUUUGACAUUCCACAGUGGAGACCGAUGAAGCUUGUUCAUCUCGGAUUACUGAGACUUUUAUUUUCCUGCGUAGUCGUCCUUGACGUCGCAUGAAGGACUUUCCAUUAUUGGACAACCACACAUAGCGUACGUUAUUAAGUGGUAACAGUGAUUGAUGUUUGUUAUUUUCACCACAGGGUUAAGUUCGGAAGUAUUUGGACAGCCUUUAUAUAUCCCCUGGCGGCACAACAGCAAUGACGAUUGAUCACGUUGAUUGUUUUUAUUGCGAACCCUCGUGGUGAUGUUUGAAGGCAAAAUUCCUAAAACCUUUCUGUCACUGUCCAAAUACUUUUGUACUACUUACGGGGUUUUUGCCUGUUCAUUCAGUCAGUUCUUUGGUGCAGACAUCAUGAGAAGUUGUUAUUGUGAGUAAAAUAUUUUUAACUAUUGGAUUGAUGUUGUUAAAUGU